UUGGAAUCCGGCCGUGGACGGAAAAGGUGACAGCUACUUCGUCGUUUACUGACCGUUGGAUAUCGCUACCAUCCUCCGAUAUUAUUUCCAUAGCGUCGGCGAAUCCAUCAGAGAGAAAAACCAGUAACCUCCACUCCAAAACCCUAUUCUUCCUAAAUUCCUCUCGCAGUUGACCUAAAGUAAGAUUUACAUUCAAAAUGUCCGGCGAUGACUUCACGAAAGGCGUUGAAGACGGCUUGAGGCUGUCCAAACGUAUUUACUUCGGCAAAGACCGAUCGGUGGCGCCGCCGAAGCCUAUUACUGCGAUGGAGAAAGCUACAAGAUCGUAUUACCCUGUGUCGCCUAUGGUUUACGCCGUCAUAUCCAAUCCAGGGAUCGUUGAUAAUCCUGACGUUCCCAGUUAUCAGCCUCAUGUCCACGGGAGGUGCGAUCCGCCGGCGUUGAUUCCGCUUCAGAUGAACGGGAUCGGCAUUGAGGUCGAUUGUUAUCUAGACACGGCCUUCGUCACGAUGACUGGUUCUUGGAGAGUUCAUUGUGUUAUGGGAAGUGCCAGCUGUGAUUGUCGGCUCGCUAUUCCGAUGGGUUUAGAGGGUUCAAUUCUAGGUGUAGAGGUUGAAGUCACCACAAAAUCAUACACGACACAGCUAGUUGUGAUGGAUGAAAAGGGGGAAACAGAAAGCGUAGCCAAAGCUGAAGGUGGAGGUUUCCUGAAACCUCACAUCUUUACCUUGACAAUACCACAGGUUGAUGGUGGUUCAAAUAUUUCAGUUAAAGGAAGAUGGUCACAGAAAAUUAUUUAUAAAGGUGGUGAGUUCACAUUGGAUGUUCCUUUCAGUUUCCCAGAGUAUGUCACUCCUGCCGGAAAGAAACUCUCGAAGAAGGAAAAGAUACAACUGAACAUUAACGUUGGAUUGGGUACAGAAGUUGUGUGUAGGACAACUAAUCAUCCUCUGAAGGAGCGAAAGCGAGAAGCAGGGAAAUUGGCUUUCUUGUAUGAAGCAGAAGUUCUUACAUGGUCAAAUACUGAUUUUGUGUUCACGUACUCCGUUCCUACAAGCAGUGCAUUUGGUGGUGUCCUUUUGCAGUCUCCAUCAUCACUCAGUAUUGACCAAAAAGAGUUGUUUUCUUUAUAUCUAUUUCCAGGGGCUGAUCACAGCAGAAAGGUGAUCCGGAAGGAAGUGCUUUUUGUGGUGGAUAUAAGUGGAAGCAUGAAGGGAAGGACAAUCGAGGCUACAAAAAAUGCGGUUGUCGCAGUACUGUCAAAGCUGGAUCAAGGGGAUUCGUUCAGUAUAAUGGCAUUUAAUGAUCAGACUUACUUGUUUUCAUCAACCAUGGAGUUGGCAACCAAGGAAGCGCUUGAAAAGGCAACCGAGUGGAUUGGCAUGAAUUUCAUAGCAGGUGGUGGUACAAACAUGUCGAUCGCUCUUGAUAAGGCCAUAGAGAUGUUAUCUGGAACCAAGCAAUCAGUACCAAUAAUCUUCUUUAUCACCGAUGGAGCUGUUGAAAAUGAGAGACAAAUUUGUGAAGCCAUGAUAAAGCAACUAAGGAAUCAGGGAUCAGAUCUGUGCCCACGCAUAUAUACAUUUGGCAUAGGUUCAUUCUACAAUCCGUACUUCUUGCGAAUGCUUGCAAUGAUUGGCAGGGGCCAUUAUGAUGCUGCAUCUGAUCCAGAUUCAAUUGUAGCUCAAAUGGAAGCAUUGUUUUCCAAAGCUGCUUCUACAGUUUUGCUAAAUAUUGCAAUCGAUAGUCUGGAUGAUGUUGAUUCUCUUGAGGUGUAUCCUUCAAUUGUUCCUGACCUUCGUUCCGAAGGACCAUUGGUCCUAUUUGGGAAGUACACGGGUGCUUUUCCUGACACAUUGAAAGCUAUGGGAAUCCUUGCAGAUAUGAGUAACUUCACCAUUGACCUGAAGGUGCAACGGACAAAGGACAUACCUCUUGACAAGAUCCUGGCAAAGCAACAAAUUGAACAAUACACGGCACAAGCGUGGUUUUCACAAGAUAAAAAGCUCGAGGAGAAGGUAGCAAAAAUCAGCAUGCAGACUGGUGUUGUUAGUGAGUAUACACGUAUGACCUUGUUGGAGACAGUACAAGAAAAGCAUGCGACAACAUCAUCUGGUGUAAAACAGGGAAAGAAAGAAACUAUUACUCCUCAGAAGGUGGAAGUAACGAAAAAAAGCCAUAUGAUAAAAGUGUUGCCGCAUCUGGGUGUGGGGUUUGGCAACUUGAUUGCGACGAUUGAGAAUACCCCACCAGGUUACGAACCAAAAUUACCAGACCAAGCAGAAAUGUUGGUAAGAGCAGCUGGGAAUUGCUGUGUAAAUAUGUGUAGCAAAUGCUGUUGUCUAUGCUGCAUUCAAGCUUGUUCACAGAUGAACGACCAAUGCGCGAUUGUUAUCACACAAUUAUGUGGCGCCUUAGCGUGUUUGGGCUGUUUUGCCUGCUGUGAGCUGUGCUGUGGACAAGACUGAUCGGAAAUGGAUUGAUGUUAUAUAAAGGAUUCAAACGAAUGGAAGUGUAUGUCUUUUGUUUUUUGUUAAUUGUACAAGUGAUUCAGGCUUGGUUUCUGUUUGAAAUUGCGUAGGAGUGUUUCAAUUCCCCGUCUUGUGUUUGUGAAGGAUGUUUUGUGAAAAUAUAUUCUUCGAUCGAUAGGAGUUGGUGUAAAGAAAUAUAUAUUUGGCGAUGUUAAUGUAAAUGAACUAUACUUGACUUGGUUGCUUUUACCCCAUGGAAUUCAUGUUACUAAUUUAAUG